AUGGCCUCUUCGGAGUUUCGGGGUGACGUUUCCCAGGUGCGCAGCGGCCGUGACACCAUCUUCUCUGAGGCCAUCAACCAGAAGAUGCGUGUCCCCAACCGGCUGAGAGUGGGGCCAGGCAUGGGACAGAGUUGGGAAGAGGAGAGGCAGGAGUGUGCUGACUGUCCCGCUUCUUACAGCAUGCACAUCCCAGACAGGCUGUCUCUCACAGAUGCCCCGGACAUGAGCCCCCAUCCACUGUUCACAUCAUCAAAGCAAGGCUCAGCCCUCCCUCUGGGGCCUGCAUGGGAGGCACAGCAGCACAGUGCCUGGAACAGAGAAAGAGACCCCUACAUGAGGGAACCAGUGCAGAGUCCACUGCGUAGGUCCUACAGUGACCAGGCUUUUGGCAGGAGCAACCCUGGCACCCCCACCUGCAAACAGACACCGCACACCCCUAUCUCUUGCGGCGGUGCAGGAUGCCCCCCUCAGCGCUCCUCUACUGCUGCUGCAGACACCCUGCCCAUGCCCCUGGGGCUCCCUGCCACCCUACCCAGCCUCCUGUCCCCACAGACCAUGCUGCAGGCUGCCAAGGAACUGGGCCAGCAGGCCUCACAGUGCCUUCUGCAGACUGUCACUCAGAAAUACAGGUUCAGCUCUCCUGAACACCCAACUACUGCUGUGGUUGAGGAGCCCCCUGUGUAUGUCGAAACAGCCAGGAAAAGUGCCAUGCGGGACUCCUGGAUGAGCCCAGAUGAGGGAUGUGCAGCUGUGGAAUUCAUCGUACUUAGGAGACAGGUGGUGAAGAUGAGUCGUCGUCUGGCGGGUCUGGAGAAGCAGAACGCUGAACACAGACAGACUGAGCUGGUGCUCUUCUCCCUGCUCCUUUCUGCCUGCCUGCUCAACGGAUGGCUCUGGAUACGCAGAUAACAGACACACGUCACUCAAAUAGCCCACUCAUCUGCUCUGCAACGCUACUUUGCUCAACUCUGCAUUACACAUCUACUCAGCUGGGUAGUUUGUCAGUGCACUUAUUCUUACACACAUGUUGGUGUUCGAUGUUGAGCAUGUAUAGAUUGCAAUGGCCCAUCUCCUUUCUUCCAAGGCCAGGGCCCAGAUUCACUAAACACUGCUUACGCAAAAACUUAAGGUUCUUAAGAAGAAAAAUACGUUCAUCAGAUAGUUUAAGUGCAAUUCCUCAACAAUCUUCUUACAAAUCUUAAUUGCUUGGCAAUGGCAAUCAUGUUAGCAUGAUUACUGCUCUAAAACAUGUUAUUGGGUUUAAAAUUAUCAAUACUGAAACUUUCAGAUGAAGUUUGUGUGAAUUAAACUGCUUUCAUGAGCUUUUUCUCGCAAUGCCAAGAGUUUAGCUAACUUGGAAUUAAGAACCAAAUUUCUUCUUAAGGAGAAAGGGCAAGAACAUGUCCAAUAACCUUUUGAGGAAUAACAACUUUGCUUAACUUUCUUCAAGGCUAUAGUUAAGGCUUUGUGAAUCUGGGCCCAGGAGAGGAAGCUAUUUCAGCAACUGUUAAGGUAGGGCCUUAGGACUAUGAUGAUAAAAUGAUGUUGAGCAUUAGUGGUUGUGCAUAGGUCACAAAUAUGGACUAAGUUGAUUGUCAAGAUGGAUGCUGGCAUAUUUCAACAUUAUCAGGGAUUGAUCCAUUUCAUGUUUGCCUAAAGGAUUGGCCAUCUGUGACUUGAACAGCUCGUGCUUACCAUGGUUGGAGGUGGUGAUAGGAAGUGAUAGUGUUACUGCGGAGGCUUCUAUAUUGUUGUCGUUGAGAUGGAUAAUCAGAUUUACGUCAUAGGUCUGUCAAAACACAGCUUGUGUAAACUUAACAUUUCAAUCUAGUUGUUAACCACUGGUGGUGAAAUGCCAUGAGUCAGUUGGUAACUGGUCCAAAGUAUCUAGUAUACUAUUAUGGUAUGAUUUACUUGGAACUUUUCAGACUUAGAGAAGCCUAAAUUGUAAUCCGUUUCAGACAGGACAUGUGUAAUAAGGUCCUUCUGUAAGGCCUCUAUUUAAUCAAGACUAAAGUGAGACAUGUCUGCGUUUGAAUGCCUGUGACAUGAAGUGCUUUGAAGUUGGCUGCCUCAGUGGCUUUGAUCUUUUCCAGACCAGUUUAUAAUAUGAAAUGAUAUGUUUCUCUGAAGUCAAAUGACAUUAACCAUGAAUGUAAAUUGAACACUAAUUUAUUACAUGGGGUUUCUUGUUCUUUUUCCAUUUUUGAAGUUGUACUGGGUUUGCAAAAAAUGAAAUAUAAUGUUGAGUGAG